GCCCCCUGGUGUCUGAUUCACCACGUCAUCCGGAACUUGACCCGGAAACAGAACAUUAAAACCGGCGAUCACUUCCUGUCGGUCAAAGCUUUCCACGGGCUGGAAGAAAUGGCGGACAUGGAUGAAUUGUUCGGGAGCGAUGGAGACAGCGACAAUGACCAGAGAGAGUCCGGCUCUGGCUCCGGUUCAGAGUCCGAGCAGGAGAGACCCCGAUCGGCCAGCAACGCUUCAGCCAGCGGCAGCGACAGCGAAAGGGAACGAGACGACGAGGACGACGACGAAGGCCAGGAAACGGGGAAGCCCAGCAUGAAUAAGGAGCUGUUUGGAGACGACAGCGAGGACGAGCAGAGGAGCCAGCGCAGCGGCAGCGACAACGACAACCAGUCCGAGCACUCGGGCAACCGGUCGGACGCCAGCAUGCACUCGGACCAGGGCGACCACGACCCCUCCGACGCCGAGCAGCACAGCGGCUCCGACCGCGAUCACGACGAGGACGACGAGGACGACGGGGGCCAGCGGUCAGACGCAGGCAGCCCGGCGGGCAGCGGGCUGUCCGGCGCCGGGAGCCCCCGCUCGGACAGGGGCAGCGUUCGCUCGGACAGAAGGUACGGCAGCUCGCUCAGGGCCGGCCGAAGCAUUCGCAGCGAUCCCAGGACCCCGCAGUCAGGGCCCGGCACCCCCCACUCCGAGGCGGAAGGCUCCGGCCGCGAGAACCAGUCAGACGACGAGAAGUGGGGAGGAGGAGCCAAGAGCAACCAGUCAGACGACGAGGAGGAGAAGCGGCAUUAUUCCGAUGAAGACAGGGACAACUCCGACGACGAGGGGCUGAAGAACAGGGACGCAGAGUCCCCAAAGGGCAGUGAUAGCGAGGAGGAGUUCAUCAGGCAAAAAACCAAAGCCAAGGCCGCCUCCGAUUCAGACUCGGACAGCGACUUGGACAAAACAAAGAAGACGGCCGCCGACGAUCUGUUUGGAGAGGCUGACGACAUCUCCUCAGACAGCGAUGCGGAGAAGCCCCCCACCCCCGGACAGCCCCUGGAUGGCGAGGAUGGGAUGGAUGGAGAUCAGCCCGAAGAGGAGCCCGCGCCCGAAACGCGCAUCGAAGUAGAAAUCCCCAAAGUCAGCACAGAUCUGGGAUCUGACCUUUAUUUCGUUAAGCUGCCCAACUUCCUGUCUGUGGAGCCCAGGUCAGGACCCCCAGCCCUGCCAACACGCAACCCUUCGAUCCCCAGUACUACGAAGAUGAAUUUGAGGAUGAGGAAAUGCUGGACGAGGAGGGCCGGACGAGACUCAAACUCAAGGCACGCUCUCCUCCUCGCAGCCUGGAAGAGGCGGGCCAUUUUGAUUGACGCUCCUUUGGCCCCCAGACCUCAUCGGAGUUUGUCUCCACAGGUGGAGAACACCAUCAGGUGGAGAGUGAAGCGGGACGAGGAGGGGAUCGAGACGCGGGAGAGCAACGCGCGCAUCGUCAAGUGGUCCGACGGCAGCAUGUCCCUCCACCUGGGGAACGAGGUGUUUGACGUCUACAAAGCCCCUCUCCAAGGAGACCACAACCACCUGUUCAUCCGGCAGGGCACCGGGCUGCAGGGCCAGGCCGUGUUCAAAACCAAACUCACAUUCAGGCCCCACUCCACAGACAGCGCCACCCACAGGAAGAUGACCCUGUCUCUUGCCGACCGCUGCUCCAAAACCCAGAAGAUCAGAAUCCUUCCCAUGGCCGGCAGAGAUCCAGAGUCGCACCGCAACGAAAUGAUCAAAGUAACUAACGCCGGCUCUGCUUCUGUCUUUCGGUCGUGCGAAAAUGUCAAAGCUCGUGUCAGGAUGCCGUAUGAAAUUAAAGCCGGGCGUCUGUCUCGGCAGAAAGAGGAGGAGCGUCUGCGGGCGUCCAUCCGCCGCGAGUCCCAGCAGCGCAGGAUGAGGGAGAAGCAGCACCAGAGAGGCCUGAGCAGCAGCUACCUGGAGCCCGACCGCUACGACGACGAGGAGGAGGGCGAGGAGGCCAUCAGCCUGGCCGCCAUCAAGAGCAAAUACAAGGGGGGAGGAGGCCUGAGAGAGGAGCGAGCUAGGAUCUACUCGUCGGACAGCGACGAAGGCUCCGAUGACGACAAAGCCCAGAGGUUGAUGAAGGCCAAAAAGUUGGACAGUGAUGAGGAGGGCGAGGGCUCGGGCAAGAGAAAGGCAGAGGACGAGGAAGAAACGGCCACCAAAAGGGCAAAGAAAUACGUAAUCAGCGACGAAGAGGAGGAGGAGGAGGAGGAAGAGGACGAUGAAUAAUUUAGCUUUGAUUUUUUUUUAAAAAUCAUUCCACUGUAUUGUCAGUGCUAAUCCCACCUGGCUUAUGAACAGCCGGUUUGCAUUGUAUAUUUUUU